AUGAGCUCCCAAGGAGCACAAGACUUGGGGGUCGGGAACCCUAGUGCAAAAGUUGACCCCGCUGUCGCUGCUAAACUUCCGCAUGGUGCCAAAGUCGUGUCGACUGAGCAUCAUGGCUUCAGCUUCCGGGCCACAACUGGGCGCAUUGAUGUUGAGUUGAUGGACGGGUCGGCUCGGAGUUUCUUUAUGAAAGUUGUGAUAGAGGAGAGAGGUAGAGCGAUGGUUCAAGGCGAGUUCGAGUCUAUGACCGCAAUUUAUAAUCUCAUCCCUGAUUCUGUUCCGAAGCCAAUCGGCUGGGGUACAUAUGAGACAACACCCGACAUGCACUUUUUCUUAUGUGAAUUCAAGGAUAUUGAUCAAGAGUUGCCGGACGUGCACAAGUUCACUGAAUGCCUUGCAACCCUACACAAGAAAAGCAGAUCACCGACUGGGAAGUUUGGAUUCCACGUCACUACCUAUAGCGGCAACCUGUCGCAGCACACUGAGUGGUCGGACAGCUGGGAGACCUUCUUUGCCAAAGGAUUGCGACAUGCACUCACACAUGAAAUUUUAGCCAAGGGUCCCAGCGAAGAAAUCGACAUUUUGAGUCCUAUCAUAUUUGACAGGGUAAUCCCACGUUUGCUGCGACCCCUGGAGAGCGAAGGUCGAUCUGUCAAGCCAUGUCUCAUGCAUGGUGAUUUAUGGUAUGGGAAUACCGGGAAGAAUGCCACCACAGAAAGUCCCAUUGUUUUUGACGCCUGCUCUUUCUACGCUCACAAUGAAUAUGAACUUGGACAAUGGGCACCGGUUUGCAACCGGUUUGGUUUCAAGUAUGUUCAAGGGUAUCAUUCACACUUCCCCAUAUCAUCUCCAGUUGAGGACUAUCAAGGUCGCAUCGAUCUCUAUAAACUGUGCGUAUAUACCAUGAUGUCCUGUGUCCGAUAA